AUGGCCGACGUCCUCACAAAUGUCUAUGCGCACCGCGUUGACGACGGCUACGACCCCACGAAACUCUUCCAGCGCAAGGUUAACAAGCGCGCGCUGCCCGAUUAUUACGAGGUCAUCAAGGAACCCAUGGCGCUGAGCGAAAUUAAAAAGAAGGUUGCGCAGCAAGAAUACAAGUCAUUCCCCGAAUUCGUACGCGACUUCGCUCUCAUUCCACACAAUGCGCAGGUCUACAACAGGCAGGACUCACAAGCUUAUGUCGAUGCGCUGGAGGUCAAGAAGGUACUUGAGCAGGAGUUGCAGAAGCUGGCCGAGGCAAAGAUUGUGUCCGCAGACGUUAUCAAGCUACCGUACCUCGGCGAGAUUCCAGAACAAGACCCAUUGCUGCCAGAAGAGGAAGAGGAAGAAGAGGAGGAAGAUGACGAGGAAGAUGUAGAAGAGGAGUUGGAAGAGGUCGAUGUCGACGAUGACGACGAAGAUGACGGGAAGCGAAGAAAGAGGCGCGGGCCUCGCUCGACCGCUGCCAUCAUGAAGCGUGAAGGAAAAGCGGACGCGAAAGAGGACCCAGAGUCGCGGAAGAAGCGUGGACGACCACCGCGGGUUGAUACGCCCAUGGAGGCCCGAAUCAAGGCCAUCAUGAAGGCAAUCCGAAAGCCGAGGAACUCGCAAAACAAGCUCAUGGUAUCUGCGUUUGAGCGUGUUCCAGACAAAGCUGUCAUGCCCGAGUAUCACGCCGAGAUCAAGAGUCCGAUGGCCAUGGACGUACUGAAGAGAAAACUCAAGCGGAAGAAGUACAACUCCGUGGACCACUUCAUGCAAGAUGUCGAGCUCAUGUUCGAGAACGCGAAGCAGUACAACGAGGAGGAUAGUCAGAUAUACAAAGAUGCAGUGCACCUGCAAAAGGAGUCGCGCAAGGUUGCCGAGCAAGAGAAGGCAAAAGACGACUCCGAGUUCGUCAUGGAGGAGGGUCGGAUACCCAUGCCCAACGGUAUCCUGCACAAUGGCGAGUUAUGGAAGGUCGGGGACUGGGUGCAUAUCCAAAACGCGAAUGACCUGACGAAGCCCAUCGUAGCUCAGAUCUACCGGACCUGGCAGGAUGCCGAGGGCAGCAAAUGGGUGAACGCAUGCUGGUACUAUCGUCCUGAACAGACCGUGCACCGUUUCGACCGGCACUUCUUGGAAAAUGAAGUGGUCAAGACUGGCCAAUAUCGCGAUCACCCCAUUGACGAAGUCGUAGACCGCUGUUUCGUCAUGUUUGUCACACGAUACAACAAGGGUCGCCCGCGUGACUUCCCAACGGACAAGGAGAUCUAUGUCUGCGAGGCACGCUACAACGAAGAGAAUCACAAGCUGAACAAGAUCAAGACAUGGGCCAGUUGUCUGCCGGACGAGGUUCGCGACAAGGACUACGUAAUGGAUCUGUUUGAUGCACCUCGAAAGCUCAAAAAGAUCCCUAGUCCAAUCGCGUAUCUGCUCAAAGAUGAGCAGAAAGAGACAGACGACUUGCCAAAGCCUGAGUGGGGCGCUGAGAAUGCGCCGCCAAAGAUAGGUGCCGUUCACCGUCGCCCGCGUGACCCAAGGGACUCUCCACCGCCUGAACCAACACCUUCUCCGCCACCGCAGCCCCCGCCAGCCCCAGUUAUGCCUACCCCAUCGAUACCUACACCGCAGAUGAACGGCUACGGCGACACGCGACAGCACUAUCCGCUCGUGGCUCCUUCCCCAUCGCCCAUGCCUGCACAGACGCCGCAGCUGCCCCAUAUGGCAAGUGCGUAUGGUAAUGCAGCCCCGACAUACCACAAUCACUCACAGUCGCCCGCUCCCCACUCUUAUCAGGCUGCACCUCAAUCGACCGGCUACCAGGCCAUCACCCCCAGCUUGCCGUUGUCGACGCCUCAGCCGCCCGCGGCCAUACCACAGUAUGCAACACCACGGGCUCCCCCUUCGUAUCAACAGCCUGUCAUGCAGCAACCGCCUGGGGGGUAUAGAGCGCCACAGCCAGUUGAGGUGUACGUCUUGCCGGAUCACGCCAACCUGUCCAUCCCUGCAGAUGUUCGGGAGCAAUUUCAGCGAGAUGAACAGGGCCGCGUAUUGUUUUUCACAGCGCCACCGGCCAACGACUCGGGUUUCGUCAAAGAAGAAGGCCAGGCUCUGGGUCAUUCUGCCAGCUACCUCGCCAUGAGAGCAAAGCGCGAUGCCCAGCGCGCCGCCAAACGCAAGGCCGACGAAGCUGGCGCGACCGAGCGUGAGGAAGCGGCGAAGAAGAUGCGCGAAGAGGCGGAAGAGAAAUUGAAGAGGGAUGUCGCAGCUCUCCGCACCAAAGCCAUAGACGCGCUUGGGGAUCAGCUUGCUUUGGCUACCAAGAGUGAGCUACAGGCGUUACUGGGCAACGAGAACGCAGGAGCUUUAGCGAAGAGUUUGGAUCGACUGGUAGCGGUGCAGGGCGAUGCAGUAUCGAAGCGUCUGGCAAGAGAGGCCAAGUUGGAGCAGCAGAAAGCAGCUGCACAGAAGUCCAUCACAGGUAUGACUGUUCGUUUGGAAGAGAAGAUCUGAGCUGUGUAGUGGUUGCUGCGUUAUCUCUUGUUUUGGCAGCAUGGCGUUUGCUGGUGGGAAUGGACACCAAUGCUCGUGGCGCUCAUGGAAAUAUGCCGUACCAUUGUAGUUGUUUGAAACCAAAAGAUAUUC